CGCGCUCAGUUUAAUUCCCUGGGGGUGGACAACAAUCGUCAUUAGGUCCGCCGGCGCAGCCUCCUGGAGGUAACUGCAGCAAUGGCGGCACACUUGAAAAAACGGGUCUACGAGGAAUUCUCAAAAGUUGUUCAGCAACAUCCACAUGAAGAGGUUCCGGCCAAGAAACUCAGACUGACCAAGCCGAGCAAGUCGGCCGCUCUGCACGUGGACCUCUGCAAGGCGAGCAGCCCGACGGACGCCCUGCAGUACCUGCUCCAGUUCGCUCGCAAGCCUGUAGAGGCAGACAGCGUUGAAGGGGUGGUGCGCAUCCUCCUGGAGCAUUACUACAAGGAGACGGACAGCUCAGUAAGGCUGAAGAUUGCCUCUCUGCUUGGACUUCUGUCUAAAACGCAGGGCUUCACUCCUGACUGCAUUGUAGACGAUGUCAUUAACACUCUUAAUAGUGAAAGGUCGCAUCAGGUUCUGGCCCAGCUGUUGGACACUUUACUGGUUAUCGGGACUCAGGUCCCAGAGAGCCUCAACAUGAGACACAGGUUGAUUGAUGUGGCAUGCAAGCAUCUAACAGACACGUAUUUUGGUGUGAGGAACAAGUGCCUCCAGCUGUUUGGGUGCCUUGGCUCUGUGGACAAGCCCUUGCCCAGGGAGAGCGAGGGAGGGGGAACAGGCAUGGCUGCGAAGGAUGUACAGAGCAUCAUCAGUGACUAUUUCGGAGACCAAGACCCCAGGGUCCGCACUGCAGCCAUAAAAGCAAUGUUACAGCUUCAUGAGCGAGGGAUGAAAUUACAGCAAAUUAUUUACAACCAGGCCUGUAAGCUGCUGAGUGACGACUAUGAGCAGGUCCGCUCGGCAGCUGUGCAGAUGGUUUGGGUCUUGAGUCAGCUCUACCCUGAGAGCAUUGUCCCCAUUCCCUCAUCUAAUGAGAAAAUCAGACUGGUGGAUGAUUCUUUUGGCAAGAUCUGCCAUAUGGUCAGUGAUGGAUCCUGGGUAGUCAGAGUUCAGGCUGCCAAGUUGUUGGGCUCAAUGCAGCAGGUGAGUCCUCACUUCUUAGAGCAGACGCUGGACAAAAAGUUAAUGUCAGAUCUGAGGCGGAAACGCACGGCCCAUGAGAGAGCCAAGGAGCUAUACAGCUCAGGCGAGUUCUCUUCGGGCAGGAAGUGGGCAGAUGAUGCCCCAAAGGAGAAGGUGGACACUACAGCAGUGAACCUCAUUGACUCAGGAGCCUGUGGGGCCUUUGUCCAUGGACUGGAAGACGAGAUGUAUGAGGUUCGGAUCGCCGCUGUCGAGGCCUUGUGCGCUCUGGCUCAGUCCUCCCCUAGCUUUGCCGAGAAGUGCCUGGACUUCCUAGUAGACAUGUUCAAUGAUGAGAUCGAGGAGGUGCGCCUGCAGUCCAUCCAUGUCCUACGACAGAUCUCCACUCACAUCACCCUUAGGGAGGACCAGUUGGACACCGUGCUGGCUGUUCUAGAGGAUUCCUCGCGGGACAUCCGCGAAGCUCUGCAUGAGCUGCUGUGUUACACUAAUGUUUCCACCAAGGAGUGCAUCCAACUGGCCCUGCUGGAGCUUCUCAAGAAUCUGACCAAGUACCCGACGGACCGCAACUCGGUGUGGAAGUGUUUGAAGUUCCUCGGGUCACGACACCCGACCUUGGUCCUGCCCAUCGUACCGGAGCUCCUGAGCACACACCCGUACUUUGACACCCCUGAACCUGACAUGGAUGAUCCUGCUUACAUAGCAGUCCUUGUGCUGGUAUUCAACGCGGCCAAAUCGUGUCCCACCAUGACAGCCCUGUUUUCAGACCACACAUUCAGGCACUAUGCCUACCUGCGUGACAGCCUCUCGCAUCUGGUGCCACCGCUGAGGCUGCCUGGUCGGAAACUGACCUCUGCACCAGAAGCCUCCGGCCUGGCAUCCAGUGUGGAAUCAGCCCAGAACUUCCUGAAGGAAAGCCUCACCCGAGUAUGCAGCGUGCAGCAGCUGGAUGCACCCGGAGCCCAGAGUCUGCUGGAGUUCACCAUCAGAGACCUGCAGAGGCUAGGCGAGCUGCAGACGGAGCUGGCUGGGACCGCUGACUUCUGCGCCACUUACCUGCACUGCCAGCUGCUGCUCAUGAAAGCUCUGCAGGAUAAGUUGUGGAGUGUUGCUGUGCCGCUCUACCUGAAACAGAACGCCAUGGUGUCGGGAGCAGCUGCACAGGUCCUGGAGGAGACGUACAAGCUAGAGUUCCUGUACAGUGGGCUGGAGAGUCGCCAGAUAGCCUCCAUCCAUCACGUUCGUCUGCAGGCCAAAGCCCUGCAGCUAGUGCUGUUAGCGCGCACCCGCCGGGGGGUGGAACCACUCCUGAGCGCUUGUGAAAAAUUUCUCCAUGAAGUAGAUGCUUUUCAGAGGCUUUUCGUCACAGAGCUGCCCCACUUUCAGGACAGUUUUGUGGACAAGCUUCUGGACAUCAUGCCCAGACUGGCAGGUUCAAAACCAGCAGAUCUGGUGAAGAUCUUACAGACCACCCUGAGACACAGUUGCUUCCCGCAGCUCAAGCUACCUGAACAGAUACGCCGAGCGACAGCAGCUAUCAUUGAGCCCACUGGAGAGUCUGACAACCCUCUGAGGUUCACGUCAGGGCUUGUGGUGGCGCUGGACGUUGAUGCAACUUUGGAACAUGUGCAGGAUCCACAGACAACGGUAAAAGUUCAGGUACUGUAUCCAGAUGGACAGUCACAUGUCAUUCAGCCCAAACCUGCAGACUUCAGGAAACCAGGACCAGGCAGACACAGACUCAUCACUCAAGUGUAUCUUUCCCACUCCGCAUGGACAGAGCCCUGUCAGAUUGACGUGAAGCUGCUGCUGGCCUAUAGCUCUAGCACUAGCAGAUCAUUGGGUCCCAGAUCAGCCUGGAACGAGAGUACAGAGGGCCCAACUCCCUUAGAGAGCACCAUUGAGGGCACCAUCCCCCUAAGCAAGCCGGUAAAGGUGUUCAUCAUGCCCAAGCCUGCCCGGCGCUGAGCCCCGAGGGGAGCGGUCAAGAGCAGGAAGCCACCCGGAGUCACGGACAGAGACAGAAAUGACACUGAAGACGGUGUUGUUUGUGGGACUCUGUAAUGUUCUGGAGCUCACAGUAAUUCUCAGACUGUUUCCAAACAGCUGUCUUCACUGUAAAAUCUUUAAUCAGACAUUUUGUUGUGUGUGUGUGUGUGUGUUUUUAAUGAUCUUUUAAACAAUGAGACAGGCAGGCCGAGGACAGGUAAACAAAGUGCACUUAUUAAAGAUUAACAGUGAUGUCAGUGAUUACAACUUUGUUUUUAACAAGGUGUAAAAUUGUCCUUCCCAAGUUUCAAUAAUAUCAGUAAAAAUCUUACAAUCCAUUUUA